AAAACAUUUAAAAAAAAAAACAAAACGUAGGUGCUCCCACAGUUCCUCCGAGUUUCCAGAGCGCCUAGUUCCUUCCUGCUCCCACUCACCCCCGUUGCCCAUCUGUCAUGGGCCACACCUGCAGCCUUGCCCUGCCCACCCCUCCUGAACUGUCCCUCUCUCUGCUAACAAAGGUCUGGCCAGGCUUUUAUUGACUGUGAUAAAGCCCUGGCAGGGCUGAAGUUCACUACACUUCCUCUUUGCGAACGGGCCUGAAGGAGGCGGCUCUGACCUAAGUGCCCCUGGCCUGACCCAGAUGAUCUGGGUUCUGGCUGGUUACCAGUGAGACUGGUAAGAGGAGGGACACAAGGGGGCGCCCUAGAAAAAGACAGGAGCGUGGGGUGCCCAGAAGAGGGGCCCUGUGGACCCUGCCCUGCCAGCCCCUCCCCUAUCUCAGGAAUAAGAGCCACCCCCCUCCUGCCCACUGCCACCAUUCCCCACUUCUGUGCCUCUUCUCACCGGACGACGACGACGGGCCACCAGCCCAGCCUCUCAAGAUGGCCUAUGUUCCUGCUCCCGGAUACCAGCCCACCUACAACCCGACUCUGCCCUACAAUAAGCCCAUCCCCGGCGGACUUGUCGGAAUGUCUGUUUACAUCCAAGGAGUGGCUAGUGAGCACAUGAAGAGGUUCUCGGUGAACUUAGUGGCGGGGCAGCACGCGGGGGCGGACAUUGCCUUCCACUUCAAUCCCCGCUUCGAUGGCUGGGACAAGGUGGUUUUCAACUCGAUGCAAGGCGGCAGGUGGGGCAGCGAGGAGAAGAAAAGAAGCGUGCCCUUCCGCAAGGGCACCGCAUUUGAGCUGGUGAUCAUGGUCCUGGCGGAGCACUACAAGGUGCCGACCCAUAGAAAUCCCUUCUAUGAGUUCGGGCACCGGCUGCCCCUACAGAUGGUCACCCACCUGCAAGUGGAUGGGGACCUGGAGCUUCAAUCCAUCAAUUUCAUUGGCGGCAACCCCCCGCCAAGCCAGCGUCCUGGACACACCCACCAACAGCCAAGUAACCUGCCUACCAUGGAGGGACCCCCAAUCUUCAACCCGCCUGUGCCAUUUAGGAAGAUCUUGCAAGGGGGGCUUACAGCCCGAAGAACUGUCGUACUCCAGGGCUUCAUACCCCACACAGGCAAGAGCUUUGCAAUCAACUUCGUCAUGGGAUCCACAGGGGACCUGGCUCUGCACAUUAACUCCCGUCUGACCGAGGAUGUCGUGGUUCGGAACAGCUUCCUGAAUGGUUCGUGGGGAUCCGAGGAGAAGAAGAUCACCUACAACCCGUUUGGUCCUGGAAAAUUCUUUGAUCUGUCCAUCCGCUGUGGCAUAGAUCGCUUCAAGGUUUACGCCAAUGGCCAGCACCUCUUUGACUAUUCCCAUCGCGUAUCGGCCUUCCAGAAUGUGGACGUGCUGGAGAUCCAGGGUGAUAUCAACUUGUCCUAUGUCCAAGUUUGAUCUAUUCCCAGGGCCAUAACUCUUGGGGACACAGAGAGAAAGAUCCCACAGGACUCUCUUCUAAGCCCUUAAUAAAAUGUUUGAGGGUAUCUCAUGAAUGUCCGAAACGCCAUUCACCUCCCUCACCGUUCCUUCCUUCGUUCAAUCAUACUAUCCAUUGAGCCACCUCAUCACCUGUCCACCCAUCUUCCCAUCACAAUAAAUCUAGGAAUAUUCCAGA